AUGGAUAUUAACCAAAAUCAACAUGGAAAAAAAACGCGUUGCAGAAAAAGCAACACCAAUGGAAUUACAAAAGUGAUCAGUGCAUAUGUUAUAGAUUGUCCAGAACACAUUACAGUGCUAGAUUUAAGCAAUAAGAAUAUUCAUACACUAGAAGAGAAUAUGAAUUUGCCACCAAACCUCGUCGAUUUAAACAUUUCCCAUAAUCAGCUAACUGAAGUUCCUAAAUGUUUGCAAAAUCUUGAACACCUAAAGAACUUGGAGAUGUCAUACAAUGCUCUUCAAUAUUUUGACGACAGCCCUAAAUUUUGCCACACCAUCGAAAAACUUAAUCUGUCUCAUAAUAAUUUAAAUGGGCCACCUUACUGGGUAUGGACACAGGCUCCUAGAAAACUGAUGGACAUUGAUCUUAGUUUCAAUGUUAACUUAACAAAGUCUUUAGAAAAAGAAUACUUUGAGGAACUUCUUGGUUAUACAACACAGUUGAUCAAUAUUAAGAUUAAUAACUGCUGCCUUACCCACCACAUGAAGCUAUUAUCCACAUUUCCUAAGGCAAGUGUCCUAGAACUAGGCUCUUCUUGUUUAAGUUUAUUUUCCGUGAAUAGGAUGACAGAAGUGCCAUGUGAGGAAUUUGAAAAGAUUGUUCAUAUAGAGAAGCUGAAUCUGAGUAAUGUUCAAUUAUACACCAUAAAGACUGACAUAGACAUAUUAAGCAAUUUGGUUGAAAUAAAUCUUUCUCAUAAUCAAAUAAGUAACUUACCAUCAGAAUUUUGUAAAAUAAAGAACUUAGAAAUUUGUGUCUUAUCUUUUAACCAUCUCUUGUACUUACCAGAUGAAAUUGGAAAUUUGGAAAAUCUUAGUUGUUUACAAAUUGAUAAUAAUGAACUGUGUAUGUUACCAGAAACUAUUGUGGAAUUAAAAAACCUUAGAAUUCUUGAUCUCUAUGAUAAUAGUCUUUAUGAAAUUCCUAACUUAAUAGGCCAAGUCACUGAAAUAGACCUUGCUCAAAACUAUUUUGAAGAACCUACAGAAUUAGAUUAUUUGGAAAAAAGAUAUAAACUUCGUUUGUGUCUACCAGAAAGAUGCAAUGGAAAGAAAAUAGAAGUAGAAAGACCUGAAAGUGAGAGAUCUUAUGAAGACACUGAUGAUGAAGCCUAUGAAGAGCUUUUACUAAACUCUCACAGUGAAAAAGAUCCACAACCUUCUCAUGAGCCUCCUAGUUCACCUGAAGACUGGGACUCUGAUGACUACUGGGUACCCAGGUACCGCAAACAUAUAACCUCAACAUCGCACAAUCCUUGGCUUUACUAUGUGGAAAGAAAAAUGGCAGAAGGUAACUUCUGCCCUAUGGAUAUCCAUGCUAUAUCAAUAGCUGAAAAAGUGAAAUAUGAAAAACUCUGUAAACCUCAAGUAAUGUAUGAAUCUGAUGGACAAUUUGAUGAUUAUUCAGAUGAUAAUAGCUGA